AUCUCUAUUUGUUUUAAUUUUGUAUGAUAAAAAUGAAAUCACAAUUAAUAUUUAUAAUUCGUUUAAAUGCAAAUCUAAAACCAUUUGAUAGCUUUUGGUUCGUUGAAAUUGAGCAGCUCUAUUCAGGGCCUUUUGGUAAACAAAAGGUGUCGUUGCGUGUGUGCCACCUGCCACUGAUACCUACAUAUAGAUACAGAAGGAACGAAGAGGCGCCAUUCAAUUUGCAUUUCUGGAAAAAGCUCAUAAAGUGCUGAGAUAAACCCUAAUCUUAGUUCCAAUGGCAUCUCUAAUGUUGCCAUCUCCAUCAUCAUGCUCUACUUCUUCUUCUUCAUCGCCGUUUUCUCGGCACUCUUUCAGCCGUGGUUUCAUUAACAGCGAGGCUCGUAUUCCCGCUUCUGCUAACAACAUCAGGUGUGAAAUUAGUAAAUCAUUAAAUGGGAAACCAUGUGUACCAAUUAUCAAAGAUGGAAUGCUGUCCAACUUCAUGGAAGCUGGGCGCAUGAAUCAUGCUGUUAUGAAUGGGAAGCUUAAAAUAUUCUCUGGUACUGCAAAUUCUGCACUUUCUCAGGAAAUUGCAAGUUACAUGGGACUUGAUCUUGGAAUGAUUCAGAUAAAGCGAUUUGCAGAUGGUGAAAUAUAUGUUCAGUUACAAGAGAGUGUACGUGGGUGUGAUGUGUAUCUGGUGCAACCUACCAGCCCUCCUGCAAAUGAAAAUCUCAUGGAGCUUUUAGUUACAAUAGAUGCAUGUAGAAGAGCAUCAGCCAAGAACAUCACAGCUGUCAUCCCUUAUUUUGGAUACGCCAGAGCAGAUAGAAAGACUCAAGGGCGUGAAUCUAUUGCUGCAAAACUAGUAGCAAACCUGAUCACUGAAGCAGGUGCAGAUCGUGUUCUUGCUUGUGAUCUUCAUUCUGGGCAGUCCAUGGGCUAUUUUGAUAUCCCAGUGGAUCAUGUUUACUGUCAGCCUGUGAUUCUUGAUUAUCUUGCCAGCAAGUCGAUUUGCUCAAAUGAUUUGGUAGUUGUGUCGCCUGAUGUUGGUGGAGUUGCUAGGGCACGUGCUUUUGCCAAAAAGUUAUCUGAUGCGCCUUUGGCAAUUGUUGACAAAAGGCGCCAUGGACACAAUGUAGCUGAGGUGAUGAAUUUAAUUGGUGAUGUGAAAGGAAAAGUUGCUGUGAUGUUGGAUGACAUGAUCGACACUGCUGGAACUAUUUCUAAAGGUGCAGCUUUAUUACAUGAAGAGGGAGCCAGGGAAGUCUAUGCAUGUUGCACUCAUGGUGUAUUCAGCCCCCCUGCGAUUGAGAGGUUGUCAAGUGGACUUUUUCAAGAAGUGAUUGUAACAAACACAAUUCCUUUAAAGGAACAACAUUAUUUCCCACAGCUGACUGUUCUUUCAGUGGCAAAUCUUUUGGGUGAGACUAUUUGGCGUGUUCAUGAUGAUACCUCUGUAAGUAGCAUCUUCACAUGAGCUUUCAGAAACAAGCAGACUGCUACUGUUCUUGCUUUUGCUUCAAACUACUCAUUCACCAUUGUAUUCUUUAUAUACUACCAAUUACUUAGUAUAUCAUUUCUUAAUCUUUUGCAUAUGAAAACAAACAUACACAGCCAUAAUUGUAGCUGGAGUUUAUUUUCUUUUAAGUGCAUAGUUAUGAAGAUAGUCUUGUGCACAUUUGAUUUUAUAUUUGACUCGUAUUAGUUGAAACUGCCACUUUUAGUGUUCAUGAUUCGUAAUGCAGU